AUGGAUCAUAGCAUCCUUAUCCCAGAGCUCCUCCACAUCAUCUUUGGAUACCUGUCUCCAGCCAGUGACUCUCCUACCCUUGCAAGCUUGGCGCGAACAUGCAGACUCUUCAACGACGCCGCCAUGGAUGUCUUGUACACGGAGGUUGUAGGAGCAGCUCGGCUGCUGAUGCUCCUGCCUAUGGACGCCUGGGAGCUACAACUGCUGUACGAUGAGGAGGAGGAACUUGACGUGUCGAAGGCUUAUCUCACGCUAACCAGGACGCUGACAAUGGAUGAUUGGAGGGUAUUUGAACGCAAGACUCAGCGUAUCAAGAAGUUCACCCAACCGGAAUCCUGUCCGAUUGGCAUCGACGUGGGUGUGUCGGAGGCAGCUUGCCUUUCACCUCAUGCCCCUCUGCUGCCAAAUCUCCAGGUCAUCAACUGGGACCGCGAACAUCUCGAUGGACUGUUCUUCAGGCAUCUUAUUGGUCCCAGCCUUGUAACAGUCAAGUUAUUGGACAUUCCCCAGAGAUUCUUCCCACUUAUUCCAAUUCUCGGUCGUUCUUGCCCCUCAUUGCGGCACCUCUCCGUUGUCGACGCAUACACUGAUGCGUUGCCAGACUUCAUAUCAGCGUUAGGUAGCUCCCUACCACACAUGGCAGCUUUGGAGACGUUACUCUGCGGAGAGCUGACGUACCAAGCUCUGACAGCCCUCGCCAGCUUGCCCAACCUGAAGCGACUCUGCUUCUCUCCGCCGUUAGAUCCACCGCCCAUGAGCUCGGCACUAGCAGAACUCUCACAUGGCUGGUUCCCAGCCCUUCAGGAGCUAUCUUUGGCGGUUCAAACUCUCAGCGAUUACCAAAGCGUCCUUCGGUGGCUCGGCCACAUGCCUCGUCUUCGGACUUUCAGGACCAAAGUCAAAUCCUCCGAGUACGCAACUCGCGAUGUUGGCGAGCUUGUUAAAUCGCUUUCUUUGCGCGCCCAUCAAGACGAGUUGAGAGAAGUUUUGAUUUUCAACCCACAUGAGGACACUGAACUAGAAGAGGGAGUCGCAAUCCCGCUGACGAUCUCGUCUCUUCGACCGCUCCUCCGCUUCUCGAAUCUAGAACGCGUCGUCAUAUACACUUCAAUCCCAUUUUCGCUGACCGACAGCGACAUCGAGACGAUGUCUUUAUCGUGGCCUAAACUUCGGUUCCUGAGCAUCGUAGGAUGGAAUGGGUGGUAUGAUAACGCGAAGAUCUCUCUCUGGGGUCUGGCUAUCCUCCUCCGGAACUGCCCCUACCUCGAUACCCUCGACAUCGUCCUCGACGCUACCAUCUAUUGCCAGAUGCCGUUGUCCGAUACCGAGCCGCCGCGUAAUACAAGGAUCGCGCACUUGACGGUCGACGACUCUCCCAUCGACGAUCCGGUCUAUGUUGCCUCUUACCUUGCUAAUAUCCUCCCUCGACUACGCUCUGUUAGCGCCUGGCGGCUAUGUGACCCCGACGAUCGGGACGAUUUCGAUGACUACGCGGCCAACUGGGAGGACGUCUCCAAGACACUUCAAGGGCUCGCAUUGAAGCACGCGUACGAGAACUAUUGGAAGAACAGCAAGGGAUCAUCGAAAGACGGGCGCCAGAUCGAACUGGAUGAUAUUGACACUCGGGAGUUCUCUACUCCUAGGUUCUGGGACGACUACAUGACGUGCGAGGGGCUGUAG